AUGGCCGAAUCAACGCAACCAGGCAGUCUACCGCCUCCUCCACCCUCUCCCCCACAGAAUCCUCGCUCCAAAACAUCACCCACAGUCUUAAAGAUACGCAGCACAUCUCCCCACUUUUUUUUUUGA